AGUCCAAUCUUAUCGACAUAAGAGCCGAUGAUGAAGCUUUGCCAUGCUUCAAACGCGUUACACGGUCCAUAACCGCUCUAUAAUCGCCUGCAGGUCGUUUUACGCACACACCCUCUACCCUCUUCGCCACCUUACUCCGAAUCAAAUAUAGCCGUCGCUCCACGUUCUUUCUUCAAAAUCCUUGACUAUGCUGCGUAGGCUCUACUUGCUUCAUGAACAACCAUUACAACCACCUCCGCUACCACAACUGCUACCGUUACCGUGACAGUUCCCGCAAGCUUGAAGAAAAUCAGACCUUAACGAGUCGUUCAUACGUGCGCUGUGGCCUACGCGACAACGAUGAUGCCGGACGCUGUAUUACCUAUUGUUACACCACAUAUCUUGACCUUGGAGAAGACCAUUUCGAUCCCGACCUCGGCUACUUCCACUGCCGUCGUUGUAGUUGGGUUGUUGGCUUAUCAACAUUACACCGACCGCCACAUCGACCGCCAUUCCUACCAGAACUGUUUCGACCUCCAGCGUUCCGAUCUUCAUCACACAACCCAGCAUUCCAACUCAAACGAUAAACAUCGUUGUAUCCAUUCCGAGGCCACCUUGAACACUCUACAAAGGCUAUGUCGAAGAACGUUCCUCGGCGGAGUUGAUACACGUGUACAUACACAUGUACAACGAGUGGUGAUUGGGUUGAUUGGGUUUACGCGUUCUGUCUGCGACGCAAUUAUUCGCGUUGGGUUAGGUGGAGGUGUAUGGCUAGGAUUGAAUCGUUUAAACUACGUCAAACCUGUGUACAACGCCUGCCUCGGUUUUCAAAACGUCCUCAAAACGCUAUUAAGCCUAUGCAAUCAACUACAGCGCCUCUUCCGACCAUGGCUCUCACGUUUACCUUCAUGGUUGUCCCUCCUCCUUCCGCGGUGUCGCUCACCCCCUUCCUAUACCACCUACCCUACACCAGAGGCCGAACAACAGUAUUGGGAUUCUGCCAGGGUAUUCAGGAGGAAAUUACAGAGUUGGGAUGCGAGGUUUUGCGGGGGCUACUCGAAUUCUUCAUCCUGCAGAUUUAAUAAUGUGGACGAAUACGAAGAACGUUUUCCGGUCAUAUCCUCUUAUCAACCCGCGCUUCCCCCUCUUCAAGCUCUGCAGACUUCGAGGUCUCGUGACGCCAGAACGAAUACGCGUUAUUGUGGGAGUACUGGGAAGAACGAGGGGCGGGAGGAGAAGGUGGACUAUCAUCUACCAACAAAAACAUUCCGGAAAUGGUACAGGAUGACAUAUCCUGAUAAGCCUCCACUAACGCCCCUUAAAGCAUCCCAGCUCAAACGAUCUUAUAACUCAGAUGAGAAAAGAGAGAUAGAUCGUAUAUCGAGGCUUGUGACGAAUCGGAGGGCAUUCUGUGAGAAUCGAAAGGAGAAGGUGUUUUCAGUGGGUCGGGUGACUCAUGGAGAGCAUUCUAAAGCCAGUAUCUCGAUUCGCCGCAAUGACGACGAUUCACUCUAUUCACAAAGCCGCAAGCGAGAGCGAGAGCGGACACAUAGUAAGCAAUGGCGUUUUCGGAAUAUGUGGAAUACAUACCAAAAGGAACAUUCAUUUGAUUCGACAUUGGGGGCCGUUGUUGAGGUUGUUUUUGAUAGAUAAAAUCCGUCUACGAUCUCGCACCGACUGGGAGUCUUCUAUACGGGAAUAGCACAAACAGAGAUCAACGUUCUUGUCCUAGAAUUUUUUCGGGAACAAUUCAAAGAUGUCGCCUAGAGUUUGCGAUUUUUUACUCAUGUUUGUACAAUUAUAUAUAUGAGUCACUCAGCUUUUUGGGUGCUCUUGGAUAGCUUUAGUUUUUGGGACCAUCGCCCUUCAUUAUUUUCCACCCUGUUCAUUAAAUCUUUCUAUCCCUCAGCUCUCCCUCACUCUAUCCGCUACUCCCAACAAACCAAAUGCUAUAUUCAUCAGUCAAAACGUUGUCGUUCUCUU